UCGAUUAGGGGAAGCGAAGAACAAGGAAGUUCGGUGCUAAUGUUGUUCAAAUGAACAUUCCCGAAUGUCUACUCAGGAAAAAUAUGCAUUGAAUGUUGUAAAACUGAGCCUCCUCACCUAAGCCUAAAUAACUUAGUGGAGCUAACCUAGAGAGAAGUUUACCUGUGUUCUCCAGCAGUUCAAAGGCUAGUGACGUCGAGGUGGCUAUAAAGGAAAGCAAUUUGAGCAGAUUACACAUGUUUCCUGACGACCCAACUGACAGCACUGUGUUGGCACUCCACCCCCCUGAUGAUCCAGACAAUGUAUUGGCUCUCUACCUGCAUGGAAAAUGGUGUUCAGUUGAAGAUGCAACGAAGACCACCAGCAAAUCCAGGGCUGGACUUGUGAUGGUUGAGUCGGCUAUGGAGAGGGUCAUCCUGUUUCUCCUGGCCCAUGUGCUUGAGAAGCUCCCUGCCAUCGACCGGCUGUUCUCCCCUCACCCCCGGACUGAACAGGGGAAGCUGCUGUGGAGGGAUGGGCAGGCGGUGGGCUUCUAUACUUUCAAACAGAAAGGCAGCCUGUGUGGCAGCUGGACCGCUCAGAGCUACCUGCUUCCAGUGUUGGACACAACCCUGGUUCGCCGUGGUUGGAGGGGUCGUGGCUUCGGACUCCAGAUGCUAUCAGAAUUCUGUUCUCUGUUCCCAAGGGAGGAGGUGGUGGGGAUAAGCUCUCCAUUAUCACCCAGUAUGGUGGCAGUGUGUAAGAAAUUCCUGCAGCAACAUGAGGAACAGAGGGAGCGCUUGUACGAGGUGAUGGAGGCUCCGGGCGGGUGGGAACAGCGACGCAACAUCUGGAUGAACAUCCAGCUGGGACGCUACUCCCACCGCACGGACAAUGUGAAAAGUUUCAAAGAAUUGUCAUCGGGGAAAUAAGAAGGCGGUAAUGCAUGCCAGAACUUGCGCAACAACUGACUCUAUUACUGCAGGUUAAGUAGUUCAUGUUAUCCAUCGGUUAGAAUUUGAUUAAAUCCUUACAGGCAAGGCAA